AAUUCCCAAAUCCCGAGUAAUGGGAGAAUUUAUACGAAUGAGCUUGAUUGAUUUUUACUGUGGAUUCAACCAAUAUUUAGUAACAAACCUACUCGCUUUGCCGAUUUGAAUUUGCCCAUCAUUCACCCAUUCGUUGCCCAUUCUUCAAGGGAUACGCUUCUGUAAAAUCAUUACUGGUAUUAUUUCGUCGUGUUGACGUAUUGUUUCGCUCAGGAAGCUUGCUACGGUUCUCUGAAACGGAGUGAGCUUUACAAAAGUGAGUAAAUUCAUUAGAUAUUGCCGUAUCUUCUAGCAGAAGAUCCUCAGCGACCAGAGUCGAUUGGUGCACUGUCACUUAUGACAUAUCCACAAUGUCUGACAUAGAUUAUAAGACCGUCGAGUUAGACCAUGAGACUGGGUUAUUCUGCUCGAUGUGUUUAUUUACCAAUGUCACAAAUACCAUUGAAAUACGUGAGAAACUCAUUACUGGGAAGCUUCAAUGUUGCAUAGCAAAUGUCGCGCCCAUUUUCGACCCUUUUCAGGUGGUGGUGGCUGCCAAUAGAGCAGCCCUCAAUUCUACGCGAAAUCGAAUGGUUACAAGAAACAUAAAUACAGAAAUCUUAUUCAACAUGUCUUUGUCGGAUAGCAUAGUUUGUGCCUUGAAUCAGUUUGGUCUUAGCGACGAUGCUAAAACCAUCCUGGUGGUACUGGUACACAAGCGCGGUGAGGAAAAAGCCAUACUGGAGAAGAUCUCAGAAGAUAUCAAGGGAGAGAAUAUAUCGGUUUCGCACUUGAAGAAUUAUACAGAUGAAAGUCUUGUUAAAAAAACUUACAUCAUCACCGGUGGCUUACUGCAGAAUCGUGAUCUUCUUGAUGCUAUUGUUUCGAAGAUUAGUGGUUCGAAGAUUAGUACAUUACCGUCAUCAAGGAAUCGAUAUAGAGGAGGACAACAUAAACAGAAGAGUUGGCAAUAUGCCGAUACAGAAUAAUUAUUAUUAACGAUAAGAGAAAUUUUAUUUGGAAUAUAAUUUAAGUAAA